AUGCUGUGCAUCGCCGUGUUAGAGACGGACACAAAUUUGCUGCUGCUGCUGGUGUCUCUUCGCUGUUUGCUGCUGCUAGCACGCGCUGAGGCGUCCUUGCUGCCGUUUGCUGCAGCAGCAGCAACAGCUGCUGCUGCUGCUGCACUGCCCCACGAGCUGCUGCUGCUGCUGCCGCAUGCAUCUCCGUAUGUCUAUUCUGCAGCAGAGCAGCGGGCACUAGUUGAGGCCUUUGUCACCAUCACAGCCCCCCAGCAGCAGCAGCAGCAGCAGCAGCGGCAGCAGCGAGGAGGGGCAGCAGCAGCAGACGUCGCUGCUGCUGCAGCAUCAGCAGCAGCAAAAGGCACGCUUGCACUGGAUCAAAGCAAAGACGGAAUCUCGAGCCUCUUGUUUGCUGCUGUUGGGGAUGAAGGGGUAGCCAGCUUUUUGUCUCUCUGUCUCUCUCAGCAGCAGCAGCAGCAGCAGCAGCAGCGGCAGGGUGUGCUGCAGCAGCAACUCGCAACAGAGCUGGGGGAGUACUGCUGCCUUCUCAUUCGGCACAGCUGCAGCGUCUCGCUGUGGAGCUGCGGCCUGGGUGCUGCUCUGCUGCUGCUGCUGCUGCACCCGCAGCAGCUGCUGCAGCAGCAAGCUCUUGCUUUCCUGCUGCAGCUCAAGCGGGAGGCAUUUCCUCUGCUGCUGCAGCUGCUGCUGCAGGCUCUGCGGCAGAUGCAUGCGCUGCGGCUGCUGGAGCCGUUGGAGGAAGCAGCAGCGGCAGCAGCAACAACUGGUGCUCCUGCUGCUGCUGCAGCAGAGACAGCGCAGCAAGUGCAGCAAGAUAUGACGCUGUUCAUGGCAGCAGCAACUCAGCGGCUCGGCGUGCUGCUGACGCCGCAGCAGCAGCAGCAGCUGAUUCAGGCGCUUCGGGAAGCAGCAGCAGCAACACGGAAGACUCAAAGGCGGGCCCGGCAGCUGCUGGGCAGCAGCAGCAGCAGCAGCAGCUGGUUUGCUGCUGCUGCGCCGCUGCUACAGCGCCGCUUCCUCUCGCAGCAAAACUUGCUGCUGCUGCAGAGACACCUGAGUGAGGACCUCAAGGAAUGCAGCAGCAACUGGAACGGCAGCGAAGAGCAGAAGCUGCUGCUAGCUGCUGCUGCUAUUCGAAACAAAAGCAGCAGCAGCAGCAGCAGUGAAACAGCUACAGGACACCUUGCUGCUGCAAACGCAAGCAGCAGCAGCAGCAGGAAUGCAAGAGGCAGCAGAGGAGCCAACUCAACAGCAGCAGCAGCGCAGCCACCGUCGGCAGACGCUGCGGCUGCUGCUGCUGCUCAGCUGCUGCUGCCCUCAGCAGCAGCAACUGGUGCUGCUGCCGCAGCUAGGCGAGGCAGCACCAGCGGAUUACUAGGAGCAGCAGCAGCUGCAGCAAACACGGCGGAGAGCAGCAGCAGCGCCUUGCAACCGGGAGUUCGAAAACAGCAGCAGCAGCAGCAGCAGCAGCAGCCGCUGCAACAGCAGCAGCCGCUGCAACGGCAGCAGCAGCAGCACCACGAACAGCAGCAGGAAGAGCAACCUGAACGCGAGCCAAGGAAUCUGAAGGAAGGCCGAACAGAGCAGCAACAGCAGCAGCAAGAAGAACAGCAGCAGCAAGAAGAACAGCAGCAGCACGAAGAACAGCAGCAGCAAGAAGAACAGCAGCAGCACUUGCAGCAGCAGCGUGAAGAACAGCAGCAGCGCCAGCCGCUGCAAGGGAAGCAGCAGCAGCAGCAAGACAACGAUGAGAGAGCAGAGCAGCAGCAGCUGCUGCAGCAGCAACGCGAACAAAGUGAGGUGCAGCAGCCUCACGAGUCCGAAAACGAAGACCAGCAGCAGAAGCAGCAGGAGCAGCAGCAGCAACAGCGGCUUGAAAGGAAGCAGCAACGCCGGCAGCAGCAGAAGCAGCAACAGCUGCAACAACAGAAGAAGCAACAGAGGACUGCCGCACGCAAGCAAGUACGUGAGCAGCAGCAGCAGCAAGAGCAGCAGCAGCAGCAGCAGGGAGCACGUAGAAGCAACGAGCAAGAGCCACAGCCCCCGAAUGAAAGACAGAAGAAGCAGCAGCUGCAGCGCAGCAGCAGCAGCAGCAGCAGCAGCAGCAAGCAUGUAGGGACUGUAGCAGCAAAACUGACAGAAAGUGCAGCAGCUGCUGCAAAGAAGUCGAAGCUUACUGCAGCAAAAGCAUCGGGCGGUCAGCAGCAGCAGCAACAGCAGCAGCAGCAACAGCAGCAGCAGCAGCAGCAAGUGGACAUGGCGGACAUAUGGAGCCCUUCCUCUCUCGAGUCGCAGGGCGAGUCGCCCGCUGCUGCUGCUGCUGCUGCGGCUGCUCCACCACCACGGCAGCAGCAGCAGCAGCAGAAGGAACGCAAGCAGCAGCAGCGCGGCCGCGCAGCAGCAGCAACAGCAGCAAACGACGAAUGGGAAACUGGCUCGAACGACACUUCCUUUGCUGUUGAUCUGUUUGACUUCUAG